UUUUAAUCAAAAGGUAAACAAAUUUCUUUUGGCAGAAGGGGAACUUGUUUGUUAAAUAUUUUGUAUAUAUUUGAGCUGACAAAUUUAUUUCACUAUCAAAACCUCUAAAAAUGAACUGCAAAAGUGUUUGUGUAGUUUUGAGUGCAGUUUUAGCUCUUGCGAUUGCAGGUCCUUUCGAAUAUAUUCCUGGACUCAAAUACAAUGACGAAAUCUACGUUCCCCUUAACGCAGUAGUUGGUUUGAGAAGAUCUCGUUCUGCCGACCCUAGAAAUCCUUUUUUUAAUGGUGGACAAUCUGAAGCCAACGCCUUUGCCAACGCUAACGCUGGCGCUGGAGGUUAUGGUGGUGCUGGAAGCGAAGCAGAAGCUAAAGCUGUGGCUCAAUCCCAAGCAGGUGGCUCCGGAGGUCCUGGCGGUUACGGAGGUCCAGGCGGUUACGAAGGUCAAGGCGGUUACGGAGGUAGAGGAGGUUUCGGUGGUCAAGGCCGUUACGGAGGUCCAGGCGGUUACGGACGUCAAAGGUUCGCUGGUCCAGGAGGUCCUGGAUUUGGAAGACAAAGAGGACCUGGAUUCGACGGACCUGGAGGCCCAUCCUACGGACAAGGACCACCUGGAGGUAUACCUUUUGGACAAGGAGGAAUUGGAGCAGGUCAAGCAAGCGCUAUCUCCAGCGCUGGUGCCACAUCAGGUGGAUUUAAUGAGGCCCAAGGACUUGGUGUAUCUGGAAGUCAUUCUAAUGCAAACGCAGGUUCAUUAGGUGUAGGGGGAGGACACGGAAGUGGAUUUGGAGAAGCUGGAAGCCAAGCUAAUGCAGGUGCAGUGGGAUCUAACCUAGGUGGGAAUACUGGUGCUAAUGCUGGUGCAAAUGCUGGUGCAAGUGCUGGUGCAAAUGCUGGUGCAAAUGCUGGUGCAAAUGCUGGUGCAAAUGCUGGUGCAAAUGCUGGUGCAAAUGCUGGUGCAAAUGCUGGUGCAAAUGCUGGUGGUUUCAAUGGAGGGUUUUCUUUUCCCCAAGGGAGUGUGGUGCACCCUGGAGGAGCAAGUGCAGGUGCCUCUGGAGGUAGUGCAGCAGACGCUAACGCACUAACACAAAAAUUUGAGGGAAACGGUAUUGUAGCAACAUCAUCUUCUGCUCAGAGCUCCAGCAGAACGCAAGGAUACAACGGCGGAGCCCAAAGUGUAGCCACUGCCAAUGCUGCAGCAGCAGCCUAAAUAAAUAAUUUUCAGAUAGAGAGAUUGUGUGUAAUUUUUCCAACGUUUAAUAUAUUAAUUUUUAUAUUUCUA